AUCAAUUUAACACAUAACCUUAUAUUUAAUUUGUAAUGUCAUUUAACAACAUUUACAAAUUAAAACAAUAUAAUUAUACUUACUCAAGCAUAUGUUAGUAAUAUUUAAAAAUGGAAAACACAGUGGAGUAUAUUCCUAUAACUUCUUCAGUUAAUCCCAGUUUCUGGAGUAAACUUACAGAAAUGAAAUUGGAUGUAUACAAAUCAAAAGAGAUAGAACAACACUUAUUUGGAUAUACAGAUAUACUAAAGCAGUUAAAUUGCCCAUGGACUUUUUUAGAAGUGGAUAGUACUUCCUUUAAUGUGAAUUAUUCUGCUGGUAUAAACUUGCGAUUCUGUGGAAGAUUAAUAAAUACUAACACCAUAGAGAGAUUUAAAGAUUAUGAUAAAAUGCAUCUAAUACAUGAAGUUGGGACUGAUUUGCAUGAAAAGAUAAAGGAUGGGCGAGCGCUUGAAGAUCCUUCCUUGCUAAAUUGCUUCAUUUUAUUGACUUUUGCUGAUAUUAAGAAGUACCAAUAUUAUUACUGGUUUGCAUUUCCAGUUCCUAAGGGCAUAAGUAUUAAAAAAAAUAAGUGUUACCCUAUUUCCAGUGAAUUUUCAGAUAGUGUGGUCGAUAAUCUGUACAGGCAAUAUACACAAUUAAAUGAAAGACAAAAGGGAUAUUUCUUGGUUAUAAAGAACAAAGAUGACAUAGUUGUACAUUCUUUGAAAUCGAAACUAAGUACAUUACCACUAAAAGAAUCUCAGGUGUACUUUGGAUUUAAUAACAAUGUCUGUUCCGGUAAUGUAGCUUCACAACUACGAAAUUAUGUUCUUCUACUCUUGCAUUUUUGUCCAUUUUUAGAAAACCAAGAAGCUAGUUUUCUCGCUUUAAAGUUGACUAGAGAACGCACUAUAGUUUUACGACAUAGCACCAUCUACUCACUCACACUGCCAAAGUUAGACCCAACAAUGUCCACGACUUGGGUUGGUUGGGAGAAGAAUGAAAAAGAUAAGAUGGGACCUCGUUUAGCAAACAUGAAAAAAUCUCUUGAUCCAUCUGUAAUAGCUGAGACCUCAGUUGAUCUAAAUCUAAAACUUAUGAAGUGGAAUCUUUUACCAACAGUUGAUCUUGACAAAUUAAAAAACACAAAAUGUCUGCUGUUAGGUGCGGGAACUUUGGGAUGCUCUGUAGCUAGGACAUUAAUAGGUUGGGGUAUUAGACAUAUUACAUUUGUCGAUAAUGCUAAUGUGUCAUUUUCAAACCCUGUUCGUCAAAGUUUAUUUAUCUACCAAGACUCAGUUGAAGCAAAACCGAAGUCACAAGCGGCUGCUGAUGGUCUUAAAAGAAUUUUUCCAGGAGUGAAUUCUAAAGGCUUUCAAAUGACUAUACCAAUGCCUGGUCAUCCGGUCGGAGAAAGUUUUACCCAAGAAACAGUUCAGCAUAUUGAAAAGCUCAUUGAGCUCAUCGUUGAACAUGAUGUUGUAUUUUUAUUGAUGGAUUCAAGAGAGAGUAGGUGGUUGCCUACGUUGUUAGGAGCCAAUCAUAAAAAGCUAGUGAUAAACGCUGCCUUAGGAUUUGAUUCAUAUUUGGUAAUGAGGCAUGGUAUAUGUACUGAGGAUAUAAACAUUCCACAACUACCACAUCCCGAAGGAUUCAAAAGUAUUCCGGGAAAUUAUUUAGGAUGUUAUUUUUGUAAUGACGUUACGGCGCCUGGAGAUUCUAUGAAAAACAGAACAUUAGAUCAGCAGUGUACAGUAACUAGACCAGGAGUAUCACAAAUAGCAGGUGCUCUAGCGGCAGAAUUGGCAGUUGCAAUGUUACAACAUAAUGAAGGAAUAAUGGCUCCAGCAUACUACACGGCAUCUAAUCAGAAUUCCAACAACGUGAACACGGAAAACUUCAAUUCAUCGAUUUUAGGUGUGGUGCCACAUUCCAUAAGAGGAUUUUUAUCUUCUCUAGAACAAUUCUUACCAGCCACACAGAAAUACAAAAAUUGCGUAGCUUGUUCGGAAAUGAUAAUAAAAGAAUAUAGGGAGAAGGGGAUGGAGUUUCUGUUCGAAGUUUUCAGCAGUUCCAAGCAUUUAGAAGAUGUUGCUCUACUUACUGAGCUCUGCAAGGAGAUGAAUAUGGAAGAUAUUUUGGAAUUCGACGAUGAAGAAGACUUUGCAUGUUCAAGCAUACAUUCAACUACAUAAUUAUUUUUUAUAUCGUUUAUAUCGAUGAAUGUUUCAAGAUUAUAAAAAACAAACAAUACUCGUGUAUGUGUAAUUAAAAUAAAGAAUAUAA